UCGCGAUUAGCUUCGGUCUAGCGCUAGCUAGCUGCAUUCAUACCCAUUCACAGUUACACGCUGCGAACGUCACCUCCACGCACCGCUGUAGAGAUCGUUAAAGUAAAUGUGUGAGGGAGUUAUUAUGGAUUGACGCGUGCUGACGAACACUAGUUUGGAAACGACAUGGGGAUUUCUUUGUAUUUGGCUGAUCGCGCUGUGCUCUGGUAUCUAGCCGACUAGCUAGCUAGAUGGAUUUGGCGCCAAACGGCGUGUUUUCGUCGUGUGACUAACGUGAAAAUUAAAGGCUUCAGGUACUGGAUAAGGAUGGCGAUUCCCUCUCUGAUGAACAAAAACUGAGGGAGAAGCUUAGUCUGGUCCAGGACUUCCUCUGUGCUGAAACCCAAGAUCAGCUCUGCAGCCUGGAAGCAAAGAUGAAGAACGAGGAAUUGUCAUUGGAUGGUUAUCUGUCCAAAGUGAAGGCACUGCUGGGUCAGGAGCUUAGCUUGGAGAAUGGAUCCCACAGCGACAAGGAUAAGGCAAAUGGUCGUGCCAACGGCCUUGUGGAGAAUGGUUCGCAUGUGGAUGACAACUCGGAGGAGACUCCCAUGGAUGCAGAGGAGGGGGGCGUGUCUCUUAAGUCCCCCAGUGCCACGAAAGCCCGUGGCAGUCGCCGGAGCAAGACUGACGGGGAGCCCAAGAAAUCUCCUGCCAGUUCCAGAGUGACAAGAAAUUCCAGCAAACAAUCCACCAUUAUAUCCAUGUUUUCGAAACUCUCCAACAAGCGGAAGUCUGAAGAAGUGAAUGGAGACGGAGGAAAUGGAGAAGUAUCUGAGAAGAGCGGAGAGGCUGACAUAGAGGAGGAGGCACAGGAUGAGAAGAGGCCGAAGGUUGGAUCAGAUGAAAAGAUGACUGCAGAUGAUGCCCCAGCUGUGAAGGCAAAGCCUGUAGCUGCAAUGAAGACUCCGCCCCCUAAAUGUCCUGACUGCAGGCAAUACCUAGAUGACUCCGACCUCAAGUUUUUUCAAGGCGACCCUGAUGAUGCGCUGGAUGAGCCAGAGAUGCUGACAGAUGAACGGUUGUCGCUGUUUGAUUCCAAUGAGGAUGGCUUUGAGAGCUACGAAGAUCUACCCCAGCACAAGAUCACCAAUUUCAGUGUUUAUGACAAGCGUGGGCAUCUGUGUCCCUUUGACUCCGGACUGAUCGAGAAAAAUGUGGAGCUGUACUUCAGCUGUGCUGUGAAGCCCAUCUACGAUGACAAUCCAUGCAUGGAUGGUGGGGUUCCUGCCAAGAAGCUGGGCCCUAUCAAUGCCUGGUGGAUCACAGGCUUUGAUGGAGGCGAGAGAGCGCUCAUUGGCUUCACUACAGCUUUUGCGGACUAUAUUCUAAUGGAGCCCAGUGAGGAGUACGGGCCCAUCUUUGCCCUCAUGCAGGAGAAGAUCUACAUGAGCAAGAUUGUGGUAGAAUUCCUGCAGAAGAACCCAGAAGUCACCUAUGAGGAUCUGCUCAACAAGAUUGAGACCACAGUGCCCCCUGCUGGGCUAAACUUCAACCGCUUCACAGAGGACACACUCCUGCGGCACGCCCAGUUCGUUGUGGAGCAGGUGGAGAGCUAUGACGAAGCUGGUGACUCUGAUGAGCAGCCCAUCAUCGUCACUCCUUGCAUGAGGGACCUGAUCAAGCUGGCUGGGGUGACACUGGGCAAAAGGAGGGCAGCCAGAAGGCAAGCAAUCCGUCAUCCCACCAAGAUCGAGAAGGACAACAAGGGUCCCACAAAGGCCACCACCACCAAGCUGGUCUACCAGAUCUUUGACACAUUCUUCUCCGACCAGAUUGAUCAGAAUGACAAGGAGGGUGGGGUCAAGAGGCAGCGCUGUGGGGUUUGUGAGGUGUGCCAGGCCCCUGACUGUGGGAAGUGCACAGCCUGUAAGGACAUGAUCAAGUUUGGCGGGAGUGGUCGCAGUAAGCAAGCCUGCCAGAAGAGGAGGUGUCCGAACUUGGCUGUGAAGGAAGCCGAGGAUGAUGAGAACUUGGAGGAGGAGGAUGUCCUCCCCCCAUUGAAGGCUACAGCCAAGAUGUCCCAGUACAAGAAGAAGAAGCAGAGUCAAAGCAAGCUGUCUUGGGUGGAUGAGCCCAUUUGGAAGGAGGGCAAGAAGGAGUACUACAUGAAGGUGUGUGUGGAUAAUGAGGUUCUAGAAGUGGGCGACUAUGUGUCCGUCAGUCCAGAUGACCCGUCCAAACCUCUGUACCUGGCCAGGAUCACAGCACUGUGGGAGGACAACAAUGGCAAGAUGUUCCAUGCUCACUGGUUCUACCGUGGCACAGAGACCGUCCUGGGGGAAUCGUCUGAUCCACUGGAGCUCUUUCUGGUGGACGAGUGUGAGGACAUGCAGCUCAACUAUGUUAAGGACAAAGUCAACGUCUUCUAUAAGGCCCCUUCCAACAACUGGUUCAUGGAGGGUGGAAUGGAUGAUGACAUGAAGGUCAUUGAGGAUGAUGGGAAGAGUUUCUUCUACCAGUUGUGGUAUGAUGGCGAGUUUGCCCGUUUUGAGACUCCACCCAAGGUCACAUCUUCUGAAGACUGCAAGUUCCGGUUCUGUGCCAGCUGCGUUCGGAACAAGGAGCGUGAGGAGCAGGAGAUUCCUUGUGCACUGGAACCCCUGAAUGACGAACAUGAGUCCAAAGUGCUGUAUGGCCUGGCCUGCCUGAAGGGGGUGCAGUGCCGUGUGGGAGACAGUGUGUACAUGUUGCCUGAGGCAUUUUCCUUUGGGGUGAAGGCUGCCAGCCCUUUGAAGCGCUCGCAUAGGAAGGAUGAUGUGGAUGAGGAACUGUACCCAGAGUACUACAGGAAGUCUUCAGACUACAUCAAAGGCUCCAACCUGGAUGCCCCCGAGCCUUUCCGCAUUGGCCGCAUCAAGGAGAUCUUCUGCCUUAAACGCAGCAAUGGCAAGGCCAACCAGGCUGAGGUCAAGCUGCGGCUGUACAAGUUCUACAGGGCAGAGAACACCCACAAGGGGGUUAAGGCAGGUUACCACGCAGACAUCAACCAGUUGUACUGGAGCGAUGAAGAGGUCACUGUGGACCUGGCGGAGGUCCAGGGUCGCUGUCGGGUUGAGUAUGGAGAAGAUCUCAUUGAGACCGUGCAGGAGUAUUCGAACGGUGGUCCUGACCGUUUCUACUUCUUGGAGGCUUAUAAUGCCAAGACUAAGAGCUUCGAGGACCCGCCAAACCAUGCACGUUCUGCUACCCACAAAGGGAAGGGAAAAGGCAAGGGCAAAGGAAAGGGGAAGGGCAAGUCCUCCCCCCAGGAGCAGCAGGAGCAAGAACUACACGAGCCUAAGGUUCCCAAGCUCCGUACCCUGGAUGUGUUCUCCGGAUGUGGCGGUCUGUCUGAGGGCUUCCACCAGGCUGGCAUCUCUGAGACCCUGUGGGCCAUCGAAAUGUGGGAACCGGCUGCCCAGGCCUUCAGGCUGAACAACCCCGGCUCCACGGUCUUCACGGAGGACUGCAACGUACUGCUGAAGCUGGUCAUGUCGGGCGAGAAGACCAACUCGUUGGGCCAGAAGCUGCCGCAGAAAGGCGACGUGGAGAUGCUGUGUGGAGGCCCGCCAUGCCAAGGCUUCAGCGGGAUGAACCGCUUCAACUCGCGCACCUACUCCAAGUUCAAGAACUCUUUGGUGGUCUCCUAUCUCAGUUACUGUGACUACUACAGACCCAAGUUCUUCCUGCUGGAGAACGUGAGGAACUUUGUCUCUUUCAAGCGCUCCAUGGUGCUGAAGCUGACACUGCGCUGCUUGGUGCGCAUGGGCUACCAGUGCACCUUCGGGGUACUGCAGGCUGGGCAGUACGGUGUCGCUCAGACCAGGCGCCGAGCCAUCAUCCUGGCAGCCGCCCCGGGCGAGAAACUGCCUCGUUACCCUGAGCCACUGCAUGUGUUCGCCCCCCGAGCCUGCUCUCUGAAUGUGGUGGUGGACGAGAAGAGAUAUGUGACCAACGUCACGCGGGGUAAUGGGGGAGUGUACCGAACCAUCACAGUGCGGGACACGAUGUCCGACUUGCCGGAGAUCCGGAAUGGGGCGUCGGCCCUGGAGAUUUCCUACAACGGCGAGCCCCAGUCCUGGUUCCAGAGGCAGAUCCGUGGCUCUCAGUACCAACCUAUCCUGCGGGACCACAUCUGCAAGGACAUGAGUGCACUGGUGGCAGCCCGCAUGCGCCACGUGCCCCUGGCGCCCGGCUCUGACUGGCGAGACUUGCCCAACAUCGAGGUGCGCCUGCCGGAUGGUACCACCACCAAGAAGCUGCGGUACACGCACUCUGACAAAAAGAACGGCCGCAGCAGCACCGGGGCACUGAGGGGCGUGUGCACGUGCGCCGAAGGAAAACCAUGCGAUCCAGCAGACCGACAGUUCAACACGCUAAUCCCCUGGUGCCUGCCGCACACGGGCAACCGACACAACCACUGGGCUGGGCUCUACGGGCGUCUGGAGUGGGACGGCUUCUUCAGCACCACUGUCACCAACCCGGAGCCCAUGGGCAAGCAGGGCCGUGUGCUGCACCCGGAGCAGCACCGUGUGGUGAGCGUGAGGGAGUGUGCUCGCUCUCAGGGUUUCCCUGAUACCUACAGGUUCUUUGGCAACAUCCUGGACAAACACAGACAGGUGGGCAAUGCUGUGCCACCUCCUCUGUCCAAAGCCAUCGGGCUGGAGCUAAAGAAAUGCGUCCUGGAGAAGAUGAAGGAGAAUUCUGGGGGCCUUGCAGACCCUGUGAAGCAGGAGAAGCUAGAAUUGUCUGACUAGAGUGGCCACUGGCCCAAGGCAGGAGCCUUUUCAAGAUGCUCACCCCAUCUCAUUCUGUUUACUUGCUGGGAAAAGGAUGCUUGACUCAUUUUUAUGGACAGUCUGUGCAGUGCCAUUUUUUAUGUGAUUUUAACCAUGUAUUUUCAGAUUCACUUGAUUCAAGUGGAAUAAAUUGUAUGGUAGUUUUUAUAUGUUGUAAUAUUAAAUAAAGCUCUUAUCAGAUGUUUCUGGUCA